CCACAUCAAUUUCAAUAGACGUAAAAGAAAAAAAUAAAUAAAUAGAGCAAAAAGGAAAUAAAAUCUCAAGUACCGUUUUCAAUAUGCAAAACGAAUCUCAUUGCAACAAUUUAUAACUGUGCGUGAUUUCUCAUUUGUUGUUUGUUGUUUGUUGCCCGUUGUCAUGCAUUUUGUCACACAGCAGCGGCAACAACACCACAAACAAACACAGCAGCAAAAGUCAACAACAACAACAAACCGCUUUGUGUCGCUCUGCAAAUCUUCCAGUCAAGGCGCUUUGCCCAAGUCUUUGGCCACUGCUCAAAGUCCGCUGCGGCAAUCCUCACAACAACAACAACAACAACAACCAAGGCAUAAGCGAGCCGCCAGCCUUACCUUGCACUCCAUGACUAAAGAUAUUGAUAUAAACACAACCACAACAACAACAACUGCAGCGAUAGCAACAAUAGCAGCAACGACAUCAACAACAACUGCAGCAACUGUGGCUGCAACUGCAAAUGCUGUAAGCAGCGAAGAGGCUGCUCAUGCCACAGACAUGAUUUGUGAUGCACAAGAACAGCAUCAGCAACAGCAACAAUUGCAGCUGCAGCAGCAGCAGCAGCAGCAACAGCAGCAAGUGGAAGCUGAACAGGAUGAUAAAUAUAUACAAAGUAGCAAUCAAGCUGAAAGGCGAGAUUCGAUUGGCGAUGACAUCACGGCCGCAACAACAACUACCACAGCAACUGCAGCAACAAACAGCAUCAACGGCAGCCAGCUAAGCAGCAAGCUAUUGACCAUUCAGGAGGCCGCCGGCACUCUAGAGCGCAGCAGCAUCACUCUUGCCACAGCAUUGUCUUCAGCACAAGCCACUUCCGCUCCUGUUGCCGCUGUCAUCUGUCAAGAGACACAACUCAACAGCAGCAGCAGUACCAACAACAGCAACAGCAACAAUACCAACAACAGCAACAACAGCCAUCAGAACGCAGAGCCUCCCAGUCCGCAGGCUGCAAAUACGCCUAGCAUAAGCAUAAGCCAAGCAGAGUCCAAGGAACAACAGCAGCAGCAGCAGCAGCAGCAGCAAUCGCUGCUCUCUCAGAGCCUCGACUCGAACGGGCAGCAGGCUGGCUCCUGCACGGACAGUCCGAGCAGCCGCAAGAGCUCGACCAGCUCCAAGGGCAAGUCAGCCAAGCUAUCCACAUCGAGCAGUGGACGUGAUGACGAUGCGCAGAGUAAAGUAAGCGAAUCGAAUAGCACAGAAGGCGUUCUACUACGUGGCGAUCCCACAUCGAAUGAUAAGCCUAACAAGGGCACUUCGCGACUCUCCGAACGAGCCAAGAAGAAGUCCUGGUAUAACGUCAUCUAUCCCAACUAUAAAUCUCGGGCCGAGGACUUUAAGAAACUCUUCAAAGAUGUGCCCAACGAUGAGCGACUAAUUGUGGACUAUUCGUGUGCGCUGCAGCGUGAUAUAUUGGUGCAGGGCCGUCUGUACGUGUCACAGAACUACGUUUGCUUCCACGCGAACAUCUUCAGCUGGGAGACUUAUGUGAGCAUCAAAUGGAAGGAUGUGACGGCCAUAACGAAGGAGAAAACAGCGCUGGUCAUACCGAAUGCAAUAACAAUAUCCACCGCCAAGGAGAAGUUCUUUUUCGCGACAUUCGCAUCGCGUGACAAAUCGUAUUUGAUGCUCUUUCGCGUCUGGCAGAAUACGUUGUUGAACAAGCAAUUCUCACCGCAAGAGAUCUGGCGUUAUGUGCACAAUUCGUACGGCGACGAACUGGGCCUGACCACGGACGAUGAGGACUAUAUAGAUCCCACGCUGGAUGCGGAUACGGAAACCGAUGUAGACUUCCAAACGGCCAUCGACGAUUUUGGCGGCGAUCAAAGUCUGUGCAGUCAAAGCACCAACAACUCGGGACAGCUGCAGCAGCAGCAGCAGCAGAGCGGCAACAGCAGCGCCAGCAGCGGCGGCGGCAGUGCUGCGGUGCGUAAAUCUAAAACGAAAUAUUUCUUCAACUCGAGCAAGUCGUCAAACCUGAACUCAUCGGCCAACGCCUCGGCCAGCGGCUCGGACAACAAGGCGAGCGACAAUACACGCAAAUCCAAUAAGAAAAUGAAGGCGAAUGCCAAAGAGCUGACCCUCAGCUCCGUCAAGGCGGCGGAGCAGUCGGUGGCUGUCACCGUCAGCGUGCCCAGCGGCAACAGCAGCAGCAACAGCCACGGCCACAGCAACAGCACCAGCACCAGCACUAGCACAACAACAACCACCGCAACAAGCACAGCUGCCACAGCAACAACAGCGACUGCAAACACCACAGCCAGUGGGCCAGCGAAGGCUGAGAAGGUCAGCAGCAAUGCGAGUCUGGCAACUGCUCCCGAGCUCCAGUCACAUGGCUCGGAUGCCAAGCGCAAGAUGCAAAUGAAAAACCAGAGACAACGCGACGCUGAGCUGGCGGUCAAAAACAACGAGGCGGGACCCACAGACGUGUCCGACUCCUCCGACUCUGAAGUGAACAAUGCGCCCUUUGUGCCCAGCACGGAGUGCACCUCGACGCACGAGGGCAGGCAGAUUGUGCACGCCAUAUUGCCCAUACGCGUGGAUACCCUGUUCAAUUUCCUGUUCUCAAAAUCCAAAUUCCUAACGGACUUCCAUGAGCAGCGCAAAUCCACAGAUCUGUCGCUGGGCGAGUGGCACAAGAAUGAGGAGGGCCAGAAUGUGCGUGUGGUCAAUGUGACUGUGCAGUUGGCCGCUUCCGUGGGCCCAAAGACUUCCAAGGUCACGGAAUAUCAAACGAUGCGCGAGUGCAGCAAGCCGGGUGAGCUCUAUUCGAUUGACGUGAACAGCGUGAAUGCGGGCAUACCGUAUGCGGACAGUUUCAGUGUAUUGAUACACUUUUGUCUGGCGCGCACUGUGGACGAUCAUACCAUGCUGUCGGUGCACGCACAGAUCAAAUAUAAGAAAUCCAUAUGGGGCAUGGUCAAGGGCUUCAUCGAGAAGAAUACGUGGGCGGGUCUGGAGGACUUCUUUGGGGCGCAGCUGCAUGCGCUGCAGAGCGAAACGUGCAUACCGCCUGCCAAGGGCAAGGGACGGCGACCCAGACGUGGCACCUCGACACAGUCAAGGGGCGUGACGGAGGAGUCGAACAGCGGAGGCGCCUCACAGAGCUGCCUGCCCGACUCGAUGGACAACUGGGACUCAAAGCUGCAAAGUGGCGCAGCUGGUGGCCUGGCACAUGGAGCCGCUGGUGGCAGUGGCGGCGCCAGCGGCGGCAAGCAGCAGCAGUUAACCGCUCAGCAAUUGUUGCAGCAACAGCAGCAGCAGCAGUUGCUGGCURGCGGCCUGCAAGUGGGCCGAGAUAGAUUCCGGCAUCCCGGCCUGUCGCUGUUUGUUAUAUUGUUAAUGUGCUUGCUGCUGGCAUUAAAUGUGAUAUUAUUACUUAAGCUCUGGAAGCUGGAGGAACACAUUGACCUCGAUCUCAGCCGGCGGGCGCGCAUGCCCACCUUGGCGGCACUCAAGGAAUUGCCGAGUUCAAACCAAGAUUGGCUGGAACUAAUGCGACAGCAGGAGCUGUCGCACGAGUCGGAGCUACGCAAAUGGCAUCAGGUGCUUCAAACGGCCAUCGAGCUGCUGAAAAAGACUGAAAAGACUUUGGCUGAAGUCAUGAUACCCUAGCAGUCCUUUCAGCACAACACAAAACUCCACUCACAAACCCCAUAGAAAUUGAAGUUUAAGAAAAGUAAUUGAUCUAGCAGAAACAUUCGCUUAGUUCCUUUUGGUACUGAAAGAGCUAAGAAGAAGCGUGAGGCCACCAAAUAAUUGAAAUUGAAUUUCAAAAACAUUAGUCACAAAAUAUUAAGAGAAAGAGAGAGCGAUAGAGCGAAAUAUGUGUGUUAUUGUGUUAAGCCUUUUAGUUUCGUCCCUCAGUUAGGCUCUAUUUAGAUGUAUAUAUAAAUAUAUGUGUGUAUUUAAUAAUUAAUGAAUUUACAGUUUACUUAUAGUUAUACAUUUAGUUCAAAGCCUAAAUUCGUUUUUAGUCGGCUGCAUUUAUGUUUAAUUCAAUGUUGGGCAAAUGCUU